AUGGAGGGAAAGUCGGACUCGCUUCCUGAGAUCCUCAUUGAGCGAAACAAGCUCUUUGAGGAGUUGUGGCAGGAACAUCUCAAGGAGCUUGCGGAGAAGCCUCGAUCAGAUAUUACUAUCACUCUUGAUAUCGGAGAUGGUAAACCUUCCACCAUUAUCGGCAAAUCCUGGGAGUCCACCCCCGGUGCGUUUUUGAAGGAUAUCCCUAAAGAAAUCAGCACCAAUAUCGUCAUCGCAAAGAUUGACGACAAGGAGCUCUGGGAUCUCAACCGCCCAUUGGAGAAGGACUGCAAGGUUUCUUACCUUCCUUUCGACCACCCAGAGGGACGAGAUGUUUUCUGGCACUCAAGCGCCCACUGUCUCGGAGAGGCCUGCGAACUCGAGUUUGGUUGUCUCCUAUCGCACGGUCCACCCACUCCUCAGGGUUUCUUCUACGACAUGGCUAUUCCGAAUGGUCGCGCCGUUCUCCCGUCAGACUGGGCACCCCUCGAUAAAAAAGCAGCGCAGAUCUUCAAAGAACGCCAAAGUUUCGAUCGGCUCGAAGUCACUAAGGAGAACCUUAAGAAGAUGUUCGCCUACAGCAAGUACAAGUUGCACUAUAUCAACAACCUUGUGGAAGGAGAAAAGAGUACUGUUUACCGUUGCGGUACCUUAGUCGAUCUCUGCCGAGGACCUCACAUCCAAAACACAAACAAAAUCAAGACUUUCAAAAUCAUGCAAAACUCCUCCGCAUAUUUCCUCGGUGAUCAAUCAAACGACUCCUUGCAGCGAAUUAGAGGUGUUGCUUUCCCCGAUAAGAACGGCAUGAAGGAGCAUCUGAAAUUCCUUGAGGAAGCUGAAAAACGCAACCACCAGAAGAUCGGAAAGGAGCAGGAGCUUUUCUUCUUCGACGACGUCUCUCCCGGAUGUCCUUUCCUUCUUCCCAAUGGCACAAAGAUCUUCAACGCCUUACAAAAACUGUUGCGGUCAGAGUAUCGCAAACGCGGGUACCAAGAGGUGCAGACACCCAACAUGUACGAUGUCAGCAUUUGGAAGACUUCAGGACAUUGGGCGCAUUACUCUGAUGACAUGUUCAAGUUGGACGUGGAAAAGAGAGAAUGGGCUUUGAAGCCCAUGAACUGCCCUGGUCACUUCAUGCUUUUCGGUCACCGCGAGAGGAGUUAUCGAGAGCUUCCUCUCAGAAUUGCUGACUUCGGAGUGUUGCACAGAAAUGAAGCCUCCGGUGCUCUCAGUGGUCUUACACGUGUGCGCAAGUUCCAACAGGAUGACACUCAUAUUUUUUGUACAGCAGAACAGAUUUCUUCCGAGAUUGAGGGACUUUUCGAUUUUUUGAAAUCUAUCUAUGGCCUCUUUGGCUUUACCUUCAAACUGAAACUGUCUACUCGACCAGAAAAAUACAUGGGUGAGCUAGAGGCAUGGAAUUACGCAGAAGAUCAGCUACGCCAAGCAUUGAACAAGUUCAUGGGAGAUGAUUGGGAGAUCAACGAGGGUGACGGUGCUUUCUAUGGUCCUAAAAUCGAUAUCACGAUUGCAGAUGCGCUGAAGCGAGAGUUCCAAUGUGCCACAAUCCAGCUCGACUACCAGGCACCGAUCAACUUCAAGCUAGAAUACAUCACCAACGAAAAGCAAGCUUCUGCCGACCCCAAAGCCAACAAUGACGGCGCAGAAAAGGCCAAGGAGACAAAUGUCAACCGAGCACGCCCAGUUGUUAUCCACCGUGCGAUCAUCGGUAGCUUCGAACGAUUCUUGGGUAUCUUGAUUGAGCAUUUCGCUGGUAAAUGGCCAUUCUGGAUCAGCCCUCGCCAGAUCUUGAUCGUCCCCGUUAUGCCGGCACUCAAUGACUACGCAAAGGAGUUGCAACAAAUCCUACUAGCCGAUAAGUUGAACGUUGAUGUGGAUGUCAGCGGCAACACCCUACAAAAGAAGAUUCGUACAGGUCAAUUGGCCCAAUACAAUUUCAUCUUCGUUGUUGGCGCACAAGAAAGGGACAGCCGAUCAGUCAACAUUCGCAACCGUGACGACCCAGCUUCUCACGCUAAAGGCGAAUUGAUCUCUCUUGAAGAAGCGCGCGUCAAGCUACGGGCUCUUCGGAAGGAGCGUAGACUUUCCAACACAUUAUAA